AUGGCGAAAAUGUGUUUAAUGAUGAUGUCGAUUAUGGUUGGUAUGACCAUGAACAUGGUUGCAAGUGCACAAAUUGCACCAUGUUACUUCAUAUUCGGUGACUCUUUGGUUGAUAAUGGCAACAAUAAUCAGCUCUCGUCAUUAGCUAGAGCUAAUUAUUUUCCUUAUGGUAUUGAUUUCCCUUCCGGUCCAACCGGUCGGUUUUGCAACGGCAAAACCACCGUCGAUGUUAUCAGUCAGCUUUUGGGUUUUAAUGACUACAUAACACCGUAUGCCUUCGCGAGAGGACAAGACAUCCUCCGUGGAGUUAACUAUGCUUCUGCUGCUGCCGGAAUCCGAGAAGAAACCGGGAGACAAUUGGGAGGUCGAAUAGCAUUUGCAGGACAAGUAGCUAACCACGUGAACACUGUGUCACAAGUAAUGAACAUACUCGGUAAUCAAGGCCAAGCCUCGGAUCACCUCAGCAAAUGCAUCUACUCCAUCGGUUUAGGCAGUAACGACUACCUCAACAACUACUUCAUGCCCGCUUUUUACUCUACCGGUAGCCAGUACUCGCCUGAAAACUUUAGCGACGAUCUCAUUGCCCGUUACACCGACCAACUCCGGAUAUUGUAUAACAAUGGAGCGAGGAAGUUUGCGUUGAUAGGAGUCGGGGCAAUCGGUUGCAGCCCGAACCAGCUAGCUCAAAAUAGUGAAGACGGGACAACAUGCGACGAUAAGGUCAACUCGGCGAACAGAAUCUUCAACAGCAAGCUCAUAGCUAUUGUGGACUACUUCAACCAAAACACUCCUGAUGCCAAAUUCACUUACAUCAACGCAUACGGAAUCUUCCAAGACAUUGUUACAAACCCUGCUCGCUACGGGUUUACAAACACAAAUGCAGGAUGUUGUGGAGUUGGGAGGAACAAUGGACAGAUAACUUGUCUGCCUGGUCAAGCUCCGUGUUUGAAUAGGAAUGAGUAUGUAUUUUGGGAUGCGUUUCAUCCAGGUGAAGCUGCGAAUGUUGUUAUCGGAACAAGGUCUUUUAGGCGAGCAGCUGCUUCUGAUGCUCAUCCUUAUGAUAUUGAGCAGCUAGCAAAUCUCUAA